AUGAAAAAUCAAAUAAUUACAAUAAUAUUUUCACUUUAUCUAUUGCUUAUUUUUAUUGCAAAGAACAAUGUCUAUGCAAUAGAUGGUACAAAUAACAAUAACAAUACUUUUUCCGAAUUAUCAACACUCUCUUCAACUUCCUAUAUAAACAAUGGAACUUACACAAUUACUCAAUCAGGUUCCACCAAAAUCGAAUUGAAUUUAUCAAUUUAUGUAAUUUAUUUACUCCCUUCAAUUAAAAAUAUAACAAUCAAUAAUACUGAAUGUACCACUAUCGCCACCAAAGAUCGCCAAAUAAGCUGUUAUAUGUCCAAUCAAACAUCAUUGAAUGAAGAUAUCUAUCAAGUUCUGAUAUUUAAUGAAACAAAUCUGAUUAUAAAUGAAAAUGUUAAAUUUCAAAGAAAUGAAAGGCUAACAUAUGUAAUUGGAAACUUCACAAACCAAACUUAUAUAUCAGCAUGUGGUUAUUAUGAAUUUAUAAGUUUAAAUUCUACAACCAUUGUUAUUAGAAUCGAAAGUUCAGCAGGAGAUCAAUGUUAUGUUUAUGUUGGCGAUGGUGAAUCUGACAAGUUCUAUUUCACAAGUACCUAUAGUUAUCACGAUAGUAGAGAUGAUGAAAGGGAAGGUGCAGCACUUGGUCGAGCACUUCUUGUCGUUGCAAUUAUAAUACCAGUGACAGUCGUUGCAUUUAUAAUAAUAGUUGUCGUAAUUGUUGUAUGCACCAUUAGAUACUGUAAAAGAAAGAAAACUCUUCCUAAAGCCUAUAUCGAAGUCAAUGAAUAA